AUGGACCGUCCGCCUGCCAGACAGCCGUGGAAUGACCGCUUCCCUUCCCCGCCCUCGGGUUGGACCCGUUCCCCUUACGGAGGCUCCGGACAUCGUGGGGGUUCUCCCCGCGGCUACUCAACCUACUCGCCCACCUCUCCCAUGUGUUCCCCGGUCGGGUUUAACCGUGGACACUGGGGAAGUCCUCAAGCAGGGUCUGGCGGGAGAGGACGGGGCUUCAGGGGGUCUCCGGCUCGGUUCGGCAGCGGAGAGAGGGCGCAGAGAAGAGGACACCGCUUUGAGAGGCCUAUGAACUUCAGUCCGUCGUCUUCCAGGGAGCAGGAUCAGUCUUUUGACUCGAUAGAGAAGUACUUCAGUCCGUCCAUGUUGGAGGAUCCCUGGGCAGUGCUGCAAGCAACAGAGCCACAGACAUCGACCAGCAACAAUCAGUAA